AUGCCCCGCGCCAUCAGAGGAGUACUCAUCGAGUGCGACCCCUCCAUCAAGUCCAUCAUCGUCAAUAUCGACUCCAACAACCACGACUACAUCAUUGAGGAUCUCGACGACCAGCACGUCGUUGUCAAGGAGAACAUGGUUGGUUUGCUCAAGAGACAGCUUGAUGAGAGGUUAAAAGAGACCCAGCAGCCCGAUGAGAGUUCAGACUCUGAUUGA